UGUUGUUAUGACAGACAUCAGCGCUGAAGGUUCAAUUCUACAGAAAAGUUAUAGCUAGCUGAUGCCACAACUCCUGCGGGAGUUAGUGGAAAGUUUGGUCGUUUACAUUCUACUGUCUACCUCUCAUCAAGAUGGACGAGAAUGUAGUGUCUGCUGUGGCCGACAGCUGCUCGGACGGGGAGAGCAUCAACCUCAGCGUGCUCAACUGGGAGCAAGUGCAGCGGCUGGACGCCAUCCUCACCGGCUCCAUCCCCAUCCACGGCCGGUGGAGCUUCCCCACUCUGGAGGUGAAGCCACGGGAUAUCGUCAAGGUGGUCCGGAGCCGCAUGGAGGAGAAGCGGAUACAUGUCCGGGAGGUGCGACUGAACGGCUCUGCUGCCAGCUACGUUCUUCAUGAGGACAGCGGUCUGGGGUGGAAAGAUCUAGACUUAAUAUUCUGCGCCGAUCUGAAAGGAGAAAUGGAGUUUCAGAUAGUGAAAGAUAUAGUUUUGGACUCUCUUCUAGACUUCUUGCCGGAGGGAGUGAACAAAGAAAAGAUCACACCAGUCACCUUAAAGGAGGCCUACGUGCAAAAGAUGGUGAAGGUUUGCAAUGACUCAGACCGCUGGAGUCUAAUCUCGCUUUCCAACAACCGUGGAAAGAACGUGGAGCUCAAGUUUGUGGACUCUCUCCGACGGCAGUUUGAGUUCAGCGUGGACUCCUUCCAGAUUCGCCUGGACUCACUUCUACUCUUCUAUGAGUGCUCUGAGCACCCAAUGGCUGCCACUUUCCACCCUACCAUCCUUGGGGAGAGUGUCUAUGGUGAUUUCCCCACCGCUCUUGAUCACCUGCGCAAGCGCCUCAUUUGCACAAGGAGCCCCGAGGAGAUCCGAGGCGGGGGCUUGUUGAAGUACUGCCACCUGCUGGUACGGGGUUUCCGCGCAGCAUCUGGUGCUGAGAUGAAACUGCUGCAGCGCUACAUGUGUUCACGCUUCUUCAUAGACUUCCCUGACGUAAGCGAGCAGAGGAGAAAGCUAGAGUCCUACUUGCAGAACCACUUUGUGGACCUGGAGGACAGGAAGUACGACUAUCUGGCUACAUUGUAUGAUGUGGUGCAGGAGAGCACGGUGUGCCUGAUGGGUCAUGAGAGGCGCCAGACGCUCAACCUCAUCUCGUCGCUGGCAUUGCGAGUCAUGGCUGAGCAGAACGCCAUCCCCAAUGCUGCCAAUGUCACCUGCUUCUACCAACCGGCUCCUUAUGUCUCAAAUGGCAACUUCAGCAACUAUUACGUAGCACAGGUUCAGCCUGUCUACUCCUGUCCUCCCUCGCCUCAUCAGCAGUACCUUCCUCAUUCGCAACAUCCCAUGUAUGCCACCUGGUUGCCCUGUAACUAAACUUUGUGUACAUUCAUUCGCUUUUGUGUAACCGGUGGGAUUCACACACCUUUAAAAGGGAUGAAAGAUGACAUUUUUUAUUUCUUCUUUGAAAUGGGAAAUUGAAGGAAAUGAGAAAAGGAAACACAGGAGUCAAAAUUAGACAAUGAGUGUACAUAAAAGAAGAGAAGAAAGGAAGGAGGGGAAAUGAGGACAAGGAACAUGGAUCACAGAAGUGGGCCAAAGCAAUGCUUUUCCCUGGGGUAUGGUGCCACAGCGGGAGGAGCUGAGCACACAAGGAAACAUGCCAAUGAGAGAGGCUGACCCAUCAGUUUUCGGGUUCUUGGUAAAGCAAACCACAGGUUGAGCUCAGCCUUGAUGAGACCAACAGCCUGGAUAUGAUGAUAUGUUCCUCAUGUGUUGUGAGUUGCAGCUCACAGAAACUGGCCACUCACAUUUUAAAUGAUGAACAUGUGAAAUACCUACAUUCUCCAAACAUUAAAAAACCAAAGCAGACACUCACAUACAAAUACAAUGAGUAAUAGAGAGAUAAGAGGACAAAACCAAACCCAUAUGAUGUGCUGGAGAUAUUGAUUCAUGGUCAAAUAACAGUGAUCUUCUGACCUUUCUAUGUGCACUGUUGUGUAGGACUCCAAUUUCCACAGACAAUGCAAAAUGAGGAACUGGAUACUGUUUACAAAUCCAAAGUUCUACUUUGAAAAAAAUACACAAGAAACAACAAAACAAUGCAUGCUUUAUUUCUGUACAGGAAUAAUUUUCUUUAAGUGCCUCGAUAAAUCUGAAAGGGAAGAGAUAUUUUUGUGAUUCUUUAUUAUACAGAACUGUUAAAUUGUCUAAUUGGCAGUACUGUUUUCAAGGUGAUAAUGAAUAUGUUGUGGAACAGAGAGUUUACCUAUGCUGAGUAAGGUCUCUUAUACUGAGGGAUUUUUAAAAAAAAACAGAUUAUUUUUUGACAAUGUUUAGUGGAAGUCUCAACUUUUAUCUGCAGUCCUGCUGCACAUCCUGGUUACCAAAGAGGAAGUAACAUAAUAAUCUCAUCAUCUACAGAGAGAGAAAGGGGGAAGGCAGUAGUUGGAUAAAAAAAUGCUUAUACCAGUAAAAAAGAUGGUGAGUAAUUUUGAUGGAGUUGUACAGAAUGGAUACAAGAGAAUUUUGUCAAAAAUAGAGUAAGUGUGACAACAUGGCUGGAAAGUCUCUGGAAACGCUCUUAAUUGCAGUUUUAUUGACACGGUUGAUGACCAAAAAGCUAUUUAUCACAUACAGAAGAUAAUAUAAAUAUCUGUGGGGGAUGCAACAAAUAAGAAUGUUUUUGAAAUAUGUAAAAACAAAAAAAAAUUGCCUAUAAAGAUUUCUAAAUGUUAUUUCGUAAUGCAACCCUUUAUCAAAAUACAUUUGAGCCAUAUGCUGAAGUAUAACAAAUUGAAAGGUGCCCUGUGGACUUUCUCAAAACUAAAAUACAUAGUGUGUGUCCCUAAGGCAUAACAAAAAAAGCUGAAUCCACUUCUUUAUCCUCUUCAUAAAACAUUUGUAACUCUGAUUUUUAAAAUAUAAACAUUGUUUACGUCCAUGUUUGCUAGCUUGCAGUCUUCUUCUUUACUGCCAAUGUUGGUGUAUUACAAUGCUUUGUGCAUUCCUGCAAUUCAUGAUACAAACUCACUGGUAUGCUACUAGUAGUCAAAAACCCUA